UCAUGCUCCACUCCGGGGAAGAACCUUUCCACGAGAAGCCCACGGGGGCUCUGAUUCAGCUCUACUGAGACAAAACACUCCUACAGCUUCCCCUUUCCGCCUGGUCUCCAACAGCUCCUCCCCCAGGCCACGCGUGAGCCCAGUUCAUCCAGUUCUCAAGAAGCCAGGGAUAGCAGGGCCACUUUUGCGGAAUGCCCCAGACUACCCCUGCUCCUUAUACUUGGUCUGGCCCUGGCCAAAGUCUCUGGGUGCCCCACCGCUGCUCUCCGGUUCCACUUUCUUCUAAGAUUCAUCCUCGGCUCCAGGCAGGGUAUUUCGGAGCUGUUUGCAAUGACGAAAUGUUCUGGUGGGCUCUAAUAAGGAAGCCCUGGUGUUACACAGUUGUCAAAAUACACUUUAGGGGCAGGGAUAUCCAGCGGGCAGAAGCUCCAUGCUCUGGGCAACCCUAAAAGACGGCACGCAGACAAACCGCUGGCGAGGAGAGGACUUUUAUUUUGUACAGUGCUCGGAUCUCUUAGGCAACGCGCAAGUAUUCACAUAAGACCACGGGCCCAGAGGCGCCAGCCAGGAAGCAUCCUCUGGGAGCGCUCAAAGGACAGAGCAGAGGCUCCCAGCAAUCUCUGCGGUGUUAUUGACGUCAUCAAAGAAGCGCCGGAAGUGUGGCUGCCACUGGGGAGCCACGUGUGGAGCAGAGAGCCGGUGUAAACUGGGUCCCUGACACUUGGCAGAUGUUAACACCAUGAGCUUCGUGGCAUACGAGGAGCUGAUCAAGGAAGGCGACACAGCCAUCUUGUCACUGGGCCAUGGCUCAAUGAUGGCAGUACGUGUGCAGCGUGGGGCACAGACCCAGACCCGGCAUGGCGUUCUGCGGCACUCAGUGGACCUCAUUGGCCGCCCAUUUGGCUCCAAGGUGAUCUGCAGCAGAGGCGGCUGGGUAUAUGUGCUUCACCCCACUCCUGAGCUCUGGACAGUGAACCUGCCCCACCGCACACAGAUCCUCUACUCCACCGACAUUGCCUUACUCACCAUGAUGCUGGAGCUGCGACCCGGUUCUGUGGUCUGUGAAUCAGGCACGGGCAGUGGUUCUGUCUCCCAUGCCAUCAUCCGCAGCAUCGCCCCCACUGGCCACCUACACACAGUGGAGUUCCACCAGCAGCGGGCCGACAAGGCCCGGGAGGAGUUCCAGGAGCAUCGCGUGAGCCAGUGGGUGACUGUGCACACCCAGGAUGUGUGCCGCAGUGGCUUUGGUGUCAUCCAUGUGGCUGAUGCUGUCUUCUUGGAUAUCCCAUCACCCUGGGAAGCUGUGGGCCAUGCCUGGGAUGCCCUCAAGGUUGAAGGUGGGCGCUUCUGCUCCUUCUCCCCAUGCAUCGAGCAGGUGCAACGCACGUGCCAGGCACUGGCAGCCCGAGGCUUCACCGAGCUCAGCACCCUGGAGGUGCUGCCGCAGGUCUACAAUGUGCGCACCAUCAGUCUGCCCUUGCCUGACCUGGGAGCCAGCGACUCAGAGGUCAGCGUGGGCUCUGAUGCCAGCCCCUUCCGUAGCGGCACACCCAUGAAGGAGACUGUGGGCCACACUGGCUACCUGACUUUCGCCACCAAGACUCCAGGCUAGUAGGCCUGGGCAGGAAUACCACGAGCAAGCAAGGAGGCCAGAGGCUGCCUUAUAUGGUCAGCCACUGCCUGUGAGGCUUGUGUUUAGAAAUAGUUGGCAGGGUGGGGGGCAGGGGCCUCCUGGGUAAGUUGAGGGGGGUGAGUAGGCUGGCCCUGUUCAGGAGGGAGGCAUUGCCGUCUGAGAGGGAAGCUCCACCCCAUCACUGCUCCCCCCAGGCUCUGUCCUGGUUGUUCUUUGUUGUCCACAUGGAGUCCCCUCUGCCAGAGGCUCUCCUGGUUGUUGAGACCAGAUGGUACAAGCUGAGGGCAGAGGAAGCCCUGGGCACUGCUUGAAGCCUGGACUGACCUACAGGGACAGUGAACUGUCCCUUCCGUGGUAAAGACUCUAACCACUGGUGAUCCAGCGCUUAGCCAAAAGCUGUGGUUGAGCUAACCCAGAAAGCCUGGCCCUGCCCUUAUCUUCUCUGUAUCCCUGGGGCUAGAGCCAGGCUGGCGUGGGGAUCCAAGGAGGUGAUCCCAUUGUCUUGAGUGCUGCGUGGGCCACGUGUGAGCACACUUGUGCCCAGGAUCCCUGAUGUGUUCUGGAACUAGACUCGUCCUGUGCAAAGGGAGUCCAGUAGGCGGGUCUAUGUCUCCAGUGAUCUCUCAAGCCCACACUGGAGCGAGGGUCAGAGAGGAGCCAUGGAAUAGGUAGCGCAUGGCCUAGGAGCUCUGGCUGUGGUCCUGCUACACAUGUCACCUUGAGUCUGGUACACAUACCUGGUGUGGGGCUGCCCUGCAUCUGCUGCUGGUGCAUGGAAUCAGCCAUUGGGAGAAUUGUCUGUGUCCUGUUGGCCCCUGAGCAUACCUAGUGGAGCAAUAAAUGUUCUGUCUUACCCCCUA